UCACCACCGGUCCACUUUUAUUGUAAGCUCACAGCGUAUCGCAAAGACACGGUACUCGUUCACGAAAGGAACCCGACCGUCGAUCUAGGUGCCUGCUGUCAGUCAGCGAGCUUCAACUGUUCCAGCAGCGGCGGAAGAAGAAGCAGGAAUCGCCGCGCGUCAAGAUCAAGCGGUCCGUGAAAGUGAAUCUUAUUCAUAAUCGCAGGAGAAAGUUAUUUCUUCGGCGGCAGGCUGAAGAUUUUCGUUGAUCGAUUUCGUCGAAUUAGGACUGAGUGAGUUCCAAGAUGGACGCCGAACAGUUCAGGGAGUUCGGCAAGGCGGCCGUUGAUUAUAUUGCUGAUUAUUUCGAGACUAUCAGAGACAGACCAGUCUUAUCCAACGUCCAACCAGGCUACCUGGGAGACCUCCUGCCCAAAGAUCCUCCACAAAACGGCGAAUCAUGGAGAGACGUUCUUCAGGACGUGGAUCGCAUUAUAAUGCCAGGAAUAACCCACUGGCAUAGUCCACAUUUCCAUGCGUAUUAUCCCACAGCACAUUCUUUUCCUGCUGUUGUUGGAGAGUUGAUGAGCGCUGGAUUUGGCGUUGUUGGAUUGAGCUGGAUUGCCAGUCCAGCUAUGACCGAACUUGAAGUAGUCAUGAUGAACUGGUUAGGAAGAAUGUUAGGACUUCCAGAAGAGUUUUUAAAUUGCUCAGAAGGACCAGGAGGUGGUGUUAUACAGGGUUCAGCCAGUGAAGCGACUUACGUUGGUUUGCUAACAGCGAAAGAAAAGAAAGUUAAAGACUUGAUGGAAGAAGAUAAAAACCUAACUGAAGCCGAAAUCAAAGGAAAACUGAUUGCUUAUUCUUCAGAUCAGUCAAACUCCUCAGUAGAAAAAGCAGGUUUAUUAGGAUCCAUGGUUAUGAGACUGUUGCCAACGAACAAAGAGGGACAGUUAACAGGAGAAACUUUACAAGAAGCUAUAAAUAAAGAUAAGGCAGCCGGAUUAAUACCAUGCUAUGUAGUAGCAAAUUUAGGUACGACACCAACCUGUGCCUUCGACAACUUGGAAGAACUCGGCCCAAUAUGCAAAAAAGAAAAUGUAUGGCUCCACGUCGACGCAGCAUAUGCCGGUACCGCCUUCGUAUGCCCAGAAUACAGGCAUUUGAUGAAAGGCGUUGAAAUGUCCGACUCCUUCAACUUCAACCCCCACAAAUGGAUGUUGGUCAACUUCGAUUGCUCAGCGAUGUGGAUCAGAGAUGCCAAAUAUCUCGUCGAAGCUUUCAACGUGGAAAGGAUUUACCUGAAAGACCAACACAAAGGGUUAGCACCCGAAUACAGACACUGGCAGAUCGCUUUGGGUAGACGAUUUAGGGCGUUGAAGAUCUGGUUUGUCUUGAGAAUCUAUGGUGUGGAAGGAAUUCAGAAACAUGUCAGAAACCAAAUCGGUCUAGCCAAGUACCUGGAAGAUCUUGUAAAGAAAGACAGUCGAUUUGAAUCUUGCAGUUGCAGCAUGGGUUUGGUUACGUUCCGACUUAAAGGUGACGAUUCCCUAAGCAAAAAACUUUUGCAGAAGAUUUCAGAUAGAAAGAAUGUAUUUUUAAUUGCGGGACAUUUGAACGGAAAAUUUGUUAUAAGGUACGCGGUUUGCAGUAGACUAACUGAGAAAAGGGAUGUAGAUUUUUCGUGGAAAGAGAUCACAGAAGCGGCAGAAGAAAUAGUACCAUCAAAGAUCAGUUCCCAAGAUAUACCAGACAAAAAGAGUAUUCACGCUUUAGAUAUUAAGACCUUAAACGGGAACAUUGAGAAGUCAAAAUAGGUUAAUUUCUAUGUCUAGUUUAAAUAAGUAUUUUAUUGUUAUUAUUUGUUAAACUUACUAGCAGUAGUUAAUUUUUGAAUUUGAAAGACUUUUAGCGAAUUCAAUGUUAUUUAAAUAGAUUUUGUACAUAUUAUAUAUGAAUCUACCUAAGAUAAUAAGAGUUUUAAGUUGA